AUGUCCCUACUUGUUUCUGCCCACAACAGGACACCGACGCUACAGUCGCCAGCUCUGGCGGCCGAUUGGUUGAACGGAUGUAAAUUUACAUGGGAAACCGCAAGAGGUCUAGCGCCCAAUCGCCUCACAUGCAACCAAUCCUUCCCCACGCAUGCCUGUGUGUUCCCCGUUCCCCAUCCCACGAUCACGACCACGACAAACGACAGCCAAGAUGAUUCUACGGAGCAUUGCACCGCGCAGCUCCAUGCAUCCGCAGAGCACAGUCGCAAAGAGCUGCUGUCCCUCGAGGCCGAGCUCAACUCGCGCCUUCAGCAAUCACUCCCUUCAGCCCAUAGUCCUACCACCCACCAGCCUGCCUCCUCAAUCCCAUCUUCUUCUGUCUCCUCCUCUUCUUCUUCUUCUUCUUCUUCUUCUUCUUCUUCUUCUUCUUCUUCUUCUUCCUCAUUGGCUUCCAAUGUGGCAGAGCAAUAUCACCUGUUCCAGCAGCAAUCCAAGCAAUUGGGCAAGCUCGGAACCGACAUCAGUCCCCACUAUCAGCCUCACACCCUCCUCACGAAUCCUCCCUCGCCCGCCGAUGUCACGCUCGAACUGCUCCUCGCAUCCGAGGCCCACCAAGGCCAUGCCACUUCGCUCUGGAACCCUGCCAAUGCGCGCUACAUUCACGGCAUCAGACAAGGCGUCCACAUCAUCUCACUCGAAGUCACGGCCGCCCAUCUACGACGAGCCGCCAAGGUGGUGCAAGAGGUAUCAAGGCGGGGAGGCAUUGUGCUCUUUGUCGGCACUCGCGAUGGACAGGACCGCGCUGUCGCACGUGCUGCUGAACUGGCCAAAGGCUACCACUUAUUCGAGCGCUGGAUUCCCGGAAGCAUUACCAAUGGCCAACAGAUUCUCGGAAGGUGCAGAAUCAAGGUGGUGAAUGCCAAGGAUGAGGAGGUUCCAGGUUUCGAGGAGCAACUUUACGAGAGGCCCGUCCUUCGACCGGAUCUGGUCGUCUGUCUAAAUCCCUUAGAGAAUUACGUUCUGCUGCAUGAGUGUGCGUUGAACAACAUCCCCACCAUUGGCGUCAUUGACACCAACGCGGACCCUACUUGGGUCACCUACCCCAUUCCAGCAAACGACGACAGUCUGCGUUGCAUCCAAGUCAUCGCAGGCGUUCUCGGCCGAGCGGGCGAAGUUGGGCAAAAGCAGCGCCUUGCUGCCGCCGCCAAGGGCGAAGUCACCUACCGCCCUGCUCAAGGCCUGGUCAUGCCCGGCUCAGAAGACGAGCCCACGAACGCAGCGCCCGAAGAGGUAAAGCCGGAGAGGAUCGCCAGCGCCGAAAUGGGCGAUUCGAAUAGGAGGCUUCGCAUUCAGUCCCAUGACACCAUGACACUGGAUCCUAUCACAUGGGAAAGACUGUCUUCGCCUUGGCAAUCAGAAAAGCGCAAGGGAGAGACGGGAUGGCUCCUUCACUGCACGCUUCCAGGCGCGUAUACCGAGUCGGAUUACAGGCACGAAUCCCACCCACAUGACGUAGAGGAGUAG